CAGUGGCAAAUAGAGGGUUGGGUUUUGGAUCGAUGAACCAAAAAGAUUCCUUGAAAGUUGAGAGCUGGAAUCGGAUGAAUGUGUACUUUGUGUAGUCACUCCAAUUAGCAAUGAAAGCUGUCUUCUCGCCGCCAGGUGAUUACAUACACUUCAAGUCUCAAGUCCCUCUUCACAGAAUCCCUAUUGGUACAAAGCAGUGGCGAUAUUAUGAUUUUGGUCCCAAAGUGGUUCCUCCACUCAUUUGUCUUCCAGGAACAGCAGGGACAGCAGACGUCUAUUACAAACAGAUCAUGUUAUUGUCAAUGAAGGUAGUAUGUUGAGUUUUUGACAACAUCGAUUCUGAUCUUGUAUAAAACACCUACCAAAGAGGUUUAUAUAUAUAUAUAUAUAUAUAUGGUAGGAUACACUCACACACAAAGGGAUCCACUUACACACAAGUCUUAUACACCACACUUAGACAAAAUCUUGACUAUUCAUUUCUCCACCUUCAAUGUGAAUAAAUCUCAACCAUUGAAAGUGGAGAAAUGAAUAGUUAAGAUUUUGUGCAAGUGUGGUGUAUAAGACUUGUGUGUAAGUGGAACCCUACCCUAUAUAUAUACAUAUCUUUGUUUCAUUCAGUAUCUUCUAUGUUAAUACAGAUUCCACGUACGAAUCAUAUUGCCUAUAUGAUAGGUGUUAAAAAAAAAUUAUCAAAGCAGUUCCUUUUAUAUCUAGACAAAACAAGGGCCAAAACCUAUCCAUAUGCUAAUUGCAACUACUUUGAAGGUUGUCAUGUAGUAAAAUUAUAUUUCUCAUUUGGCAAUUGGUGCUCAACUUUGCCACUUGGGUUGUGAUUUUAUUAAACUUAGUUGAUGGUAUUGCUACCAUGAAUUAUUUCAAUUGCCACCAUGAAUUAUUUCAGUUGCCAUGACGUUUGUUUGAUUUUAAUCCAAUAGCAUACACUUCUACAAAUGUUCAGGGUUACCGAGUUAUUUCAGUCGAUAUUCCACGUGCAUGGAAUCAUCAUGAGUGGAUUCAAUCUUUUGAAAAGUUUUUAGAUGCUAUCAGUGUUCAUCAUAUACAUCUCUAUGGUACAUCCCUUGGAGGCUUCCUAGCACAACUUUUUGCUCAGCAUCGUCCAAGACGUGUUCGAUCAUUGAUUCUCUCAAAUACCUUUUUGGAGACACGGAGUUUUGCCGCUGCAAUGCCAUGGGCUCCUGUUGUUAGUUGGACCCCUUCUUUUUUGCUGAAGCGAUACAUCUUGACAGGAAUUCGUGAUGGCCCUCAUGAACCAUUUAUAGCUGACUCUGUGGACUUUGUUGUUUCCCAGGUAGACUUUUAUGAGGGUCAGGGUGUUUAUCUUUUAUUGUUAUUAUUAUCUACACAUUGUUUCUGCAUUAAAACUUGAUUGCCUCUAGGGGCAAAGUUCAUGACAUGUUUCCCAAAGCAGAAGAGAAUGCUUAGUCAUAUUAUCCU